ACGAACUUGACCCGAAAUGUGCCCGCGACUUCGUUUUCCAACCCGACGAUACAGCCCAGCCCGAAGUCACCAUUACCACCACAAUGGCGUUUGUGCAGUCAGAGCAGCAACAACAGAAGGCCAAACCGUCCGGAUUGUCCACUCGAAAUACGCUUGAAGAAUCCAAUAUCGAUUGCACUGAAAGUACUGAGCACCAUGUAUGA